AUGCGUCCUAGCAGCAUUGUUCAGAGUGGUAUGCCUUCGGGCCACAAGUGGAUCGGCUGGUACGGCAACUUUGGCGGUCCCACCCAGAAGUACAUCAACUCGUACGCCGUCUCGCCUUUCCAGCAAAACCCCUUCGCGGGCGUGCUCAAGGGCUACUUCUUCAACGGUAUCCGCCGCACCGUCGUGAACCUGCCGUACGCUGGUAUUCCUUUCGCUGCUGGCUACUUCAUCUACACGUGGGGCAACGACGAGUUUGCGUUUGUCAACUCCAAGGCCGGCCACCUGAAGUACGGCGGCGAGCACUAG